GUCAAGAUGUGGCGAUCACGAUUAUUAUUAAGCCUCUUAAUUUUUGCAUUCAUUAUCAAGAAAGUAAAUCCAAAUCAAUGUCUGACAAUGCUAGAAGAAGUAAACCCAAAAAGACUUGUGCGUCUCGAAGGUCAAUCGUUAAAUAUUCAGUUUGAAAUAUCAAGAAGAGUAUCUCAAAGAUUAGUUACUAGAGUUAUGAGCAUAUUUCUUCAAGAGAUUUUGGGUUACUCAGAUAUUAAUAUUGUUGAAAAAGAAGAUGAAUUUAAUGUCACAGCGACAUUUGUUAGACUAUCAGAAAAUUUGACCAAUUCCCGUAAAUCUAUGAUACCUGAGUCUAUGGUUAAUAUGGAAGUAUGGAUUCCACCUCAAUUGGAUAUUACGUCGUUGUUAAAUAAACACGACGUUUUACAAGUUGGAUCAAUUACUUCCCCAGGACAUUUUGGUUGGUUCAUACCGAAUAGAUUAUCAAGACUGAACGAUAGUUGGCUAACAUUUACGAAACAGGACACAGCCGCUCGUUUCGACGUUGACGAAAUUAAUUUAAAAAAAAUUAUGAAUGCCACAAUGAAUACCGACAAUAAAUAUUACUGUCAAGAAUCGUUCUGUCACGAGGGGAUGUACGUUCCCGCUCAGUGUCAGUCCCACAAACACAAAUCGCAGCCUUGUGCAAUGCUAUUGGCCGAUUAUUCUGGUGCGACGAAAUUUAUAAAAGAUCAUAUUGAUCAUUGGAAACUGUAUGUAAGAGUAGCUUGGGUCGGUCCUAAUUUGAAACAAGUGAUAAAAUCAUUGACGAAGGAGUAUUUGCAGCUUACACAAAAUACCUCACCGAUAGAUAAAUCCGUAGUAAUUUUACAUUGGACGCCAAGUAACGUAAUACCAAACGAAAUGGAAUUCGUAAACGUAGAAUUUCCAGGAUGUGGCUCUCGAGGUUUUAAUGAAGGAUGCCAAUACGAAACUAAGAAAUUAGAAAAACUCGUAUGGAAUGGAUUGCAGCUCAUUGCAAAAUUAGCUUUCGAAGCAAUUAAUAGAGUACAAUACAGCGACUACAUGUAUGAAAAUUUAAUAAACAAAUACAACGAAAAGUUAAUAAAUAAAUAUAAUAGUUAUUCGAAAUUAUCUACAAUAGAGCAAGAGGUUGCGUGCGAUUGGUUAAAAGAAAAUUUAAAUUAUACUCUUACCAACUGGAUGCCAAACGAUGAAGAUAAAAAUACUUUAAUAAUUGGAGGAAUUUUUCCAAUGACUGGCACAUUUUAUACCGCAAAGUCUAUCGUCCUUGCAGCACAAAUGGCCAAAAAAGCCAUUAACCGUAACAAUACCAUUUUAAGAGACUAUAACUUAAAAAUUUUAAUAAACGAUGGCCAAUGCAAAUCAGACAUUGUAAUAAAAUCCUUUAUCGACUACAUCUUGCAUAAUUUUUAUAGAAAAUUAAUUGGCGUGCUUGGUCCAGCUUGUUCGGAGACAAUAGAACCUCUCGCCGGAGUAUCUAAACAUUUUUAUACCGUAAUUAUGAGUUACGGUGCAGAAGGUUCGAGUCUCAGUGAUAAAAGCCGCUAUCCAUAUUUUUUUAGAACAAUAGGAGAAAAUCGACAGUACAAAUAUGUAUAUAUACAACUAUUGCAAAAGCUCAAUUGGCACAGAGUUGCAGCAUUUUCUGAAGACGGUUUGAAGUACACAGAGUACAUUUCGUACAUGCAAGAGAUGCUUAGAGAAAACGGAAUAACCUUUGUUGCAAAUAUUAAGUUUCCAAGAGAAUGGCAGCCCGAAGUACUAACAAAGUAUUUGGAAGAUCUGAAACAAAAACGAGCAAGAAUCAUCAUAUCGGAUGUUUACGACCAGGUAGCUCGACUGGUUAUGUGCGAGGCUUACAGAUUGGAAAUGACAGCGGCUCAGGGAUACGUGUGGUUUCUUCCACUUUGGCUUCGAACAGACUGGUUCGACACUAAUCAUUACAACAAAAUGGGAGAAAGUACACCUUGUACUACUGCAGAAAUGAAAAAGGCUAUAAAUGGUUAUUUGGGAAUAUCUCAUGCGAAUUUCGCGCCAGACGACAGUAUAAUGCAGGAAGGUAUAACAGUUCGUCAGUGGCGCGAUAAAUAUGAAAAUUAUUGUCUAUCGCAGAAAGAAAUUACAUCACCUUAUGCAGGAUAUACUUAUGACGCAAUGUGGACUUAUGGUUUUGCAAUAGAUCGAUUAUUAAAAGAAAAUCAGAGUUAUAUUUUCGACUUGCAUUCCGAGCAUACAGUUAAUCGAUUCACAGAUAUAAUAUCCAAGACUGACUUUAAUGGGGUAUCGGGUAGAAUAAAAUUUGUCGGAGGACCAUCCCGAUUUCCAGUCAUUAAUAUUUAUCAACACGUUGACGGGGUGACGCGUUUAGUUGGAAAUUUUCAUCCAAAUAUAUCGGAAGAAACAAGUCAAGUAUGUGGUGGAACGUUGGACUUAAAUAUAUCAGCGAUUUUAUGGUUAUCCGGAAAAAAACCAGAUGACGGUUCGGAACCGCCAAAGAAAUGUGUAUUUUUUGGAUUUGCCGAAUUAUUAAAUGUUUCGUGCGAAGGUGCCAUUGUCAUUGUUAAUAUAAUUGGAUUUGGUUUAUUAGGAAUAUUUCUCGUGAUAGUCGUCAUUAUUAUUAAAAGAAAGUAUGAUCAGAAGGUACGCUUACAUGAGAAAUACAUGAAGUCUUUGGGUCUCGACCUUUUGCAGCCCGACACGUCAGGCCUCGACAAGUGGGAAAUACCGAGAGAACGAGUAGUUAUAAAUCGUAAAUUAGGCGAAGGCGCAUUCGGAACUGUUUACGGAGGCGAAGCAUUUUUCCCUGAAAAGGGAUGGCUCGCCGUGGCUGUAAAGACUUUGAAAGUGGGAAGUAGUACCGAAGAGAAGCUUAAUUUCCUUAGCGAGGUUGAGGUUAUGAAACGUUUCGAGCAUAAAAAUAUUAUUAAGUUAUUGGCAGUGUGCAUUAAAUGUGAACCUGUACUUACUGUUAUGGAAUUUAUGCUUUAUGGAGAUUUGAAGACUUAUUUACUUGCCAGGAGGCAUUUAGUAAAUGAUCAACAUUACGAAGACUCCGAUGAGAUAUCCAAUAAAAAAUUAACGGCCAUGGCGCUUGACGUUGCGAGAGCAUUAAGCUAUCUCGCUCAGCUGAAAUACGUGCACAGAGACGUUGCAUCACGAAAUUGCCUUGUAAAUGCACAGCGAAUUGUCAAACUCGGCGACUUCGGUAUGACGAGGCCAAUGUAUGAAAACGAUUAUUACAAAUUUAAUAGAAAAGGUAUGCUCCCGGUUCGAUGGAUGGCUCCCGAAUCCUUAGGUUUAGGAAUUUUUACACCAGCUUCGGAUGUCUGGUCGUACGGCGUAUUACUGUACGAAAUAAUAACGUUUGGUAGCUUUCCAUUUCAGGGUAUGAGCAAUAAUCAAGUACUCACGCACGUAAAAUCCGGAAAUUCGCUUACCGUACCAAAAGGUGUUAAGCCACAACUGGAGGGAUUGAUUCGUUCGUGCUGGUCGGUGGAUCACACAAAAAGACCAACGGCACCGGAAAUCGUUGAUUUCUUAGCGACAAAUCAGCGCGUCAUAGCACCAUGUCUUGACGUGCCAUUGGCAAGCGUGCAAUUGGAACACACUGGUCAAAUAGAGAUGCAACUGAAUGCAACAUCCGAUAGGAAGUUCUCGUUCCCUUGGCCGGGGCAGACCGUUAAAGCGGACAACAAAUCCUCGCCUGCAAUCGACACGCCAUUGCUUGACAUUAAUAAUCCGUCAUUGUCGGGGGAUCGAAAUUUUGAUUCUAUCUUAGGAUGCAGUAGAACGUCCGAGAUCGAGAGCAGAAAGCCGCUAUUGGGUGAUUCUGUCCCGGAUUCUGCUCCCGGUUGUUCAAAGAGCGAUGCCGCACGUUACGUCAAUUUACAACCGGGUCCCCCAGGUCCUACAAUCGGUGCCUAUCUAGACAUACCAAAUGGAGACACGUGCAGCAUACCACUUAAUGAGCGAAUUUUGCCACUUCCCGGAACAAACUUCAAUAACAUCUCCUUCUUAUAACACUAUGUUCAG